GUGCUUGCCGACGAGACCUUGCCAUCGUGUUGUUAGGCUCCGGGAUUGGUGAUGGGGCUGGUUUCGACAGUGUCAGCCAGGAAUUGGGUUCUCAUGCCGAGGAGGCAGCCUGGCACCAAGGUGCCGCAGAUGUUGAUGGAGACGUAGAGCCGGUUGUGAAGAAACCCAGCACACAAGCGGCCGAGAUUGGCAGCUCGGCGGAAGCCAGUUUGAAGCAGCGUUGGGAAACUGGCUUCGGCAAGGCAAUCUUCGGGAGGUCCGAGGAUCAGCUCCGCGCUGCAGCUCUUGCAAGGAUUAAAGAGAUCGUCCUCUUCGACCCCAACGACUCUGCCGCGGCCCCUACCUCAUUGGCAGCCUUCAUUUCAGCAUGGAGAUUCUUUCAUUACACGGUCGGCAGUGACGCUGACCCCUCAAUCGUAUCGCAGAGAGUGGAAGGCAAUGACGUCUAUGCGGUGAUUGCCGGUUUUGCCCUCUUCUGCUUAUUCUCUGCUGCUCGGUGGUCAGACGCAGCGAAGGCUAGCGGGCUGUCGAUUGACUCACAUGGGCAGGCUGAUGACCAAACCACGUUCAUGCCGCUGAUUGCUCUGGGGCACACCUUUCAGGAUUUGCCGUGGGAGAUACUGCAUGGGGAUGAGUUUGACCAGGCCACGGUCGCCAAGGUCACUACUCAUCCUCUAAAGGCGACUCCGCUUUCGUGGGCUACUAAGAGCGGGCGCUUUGACAAGCAUGAGAAACGGAUCUUGGGCCAUCAUUCGUCGCCAGACGAGCGGAUGAUUGUGACUUACGGACGAGAUGUGAUGUGCCCGGUGCUUGCAAAGCUGCAGCAUGUCAUUGAUCUCAUUCGCGCCGGGCGGUUUGACCCAGAUCAGACUCGUGCCGAGAGAAUGUCAUCCAUGGUCAUGCGCCUCAACGAAGAGGCAGAGAUUGAUGUACAACCCGAGCGCCGGGUCGAAGACUUAAGGCGACUCGACGAGUCCGAGCAGUCCGAUGUGUUUCUUGAAGACCACGAGAGGCUCAACGAACACCCCAGCCUGGUGCCAGGGCUGAGAGACGACCCUGAGCCGCCGGAGACAGGGUCUUAUGUUCGUCACAAGGUCUCGCUUAUCGUGCACAUCCUUAUGGUACCUGCCUCACUGUUGAGAUGCGGGAGACCAUUCAAUCACAAUUAUGAGGACUGCUCGUUCAAUCCGGAUCAGCCGCGCGAGGAUAUCUUGUGCGAACAGUGCAAGGCCGCGCGAGCAUCGGUAUGA